GUCUACUGCUGCCGUUUCUCUUUGAAGCAAUGCUACUGAUUUCUCCGGAGCAAAUUCAUGGCAGACUAUCUCCUUACGAUCAAUCACACUAUAUUCCUUUAGCUAAAAUAGAUAGCUUGAUUGUUCAAUUUUAGAUUUUGGAACUUUUUUCCGCCUUAUGUGGUGUUUGUAGCCGUUUUUUAACCUUCUGCCCCAGCUUCUGGCGGUGCGCCACCGCGAGGAGGGGAAGAAGAUAUGGCGAUUGCCUCCCAAAUCAGCCGCCUCUUAAUCCUCCGCCGCUUCGACGCCCUCAAAAGCCUCUCUUUCACCUUCUCCGACCACCUCGUCAACGCAGUCCUAAAAAGUCUCAAGCUUCAUCCAGUGUCGGCGCUUCACUUCUUCGACCUAGCCUCCAAGCAGAAUCACUUCAGACCUCAUUUCAAAUCCUAUGUGAAGAUCGUGCAUAUCUUGUCAAACGCUCGAAUGUUUGAUGAAACGAGGCUGUAUCUACGCGGCCUCGUGGAGCUGGCGGAGAGAGACCAGCUUCCGGUUUCUUUGAUUUAUGAUGAAUUGGUGGCUGUUUUUAGGGAAUUUAGGUUUUCCGGAACCGUUUUUGAUAUGAUGAUGAAAACUUAUGUGGAGAGGAGGCUGGUGAAGAAUGCCUUGUACAUGUUUGAUAAUAUGCCUAAAUGUGGUCGUGUGCCGAGCUUGCGAUCGUGUAAUGGUUUGCUGAGUUGUUUGGUUAGAUUCAAGGAUUUUCAUGUUGUUUAUUGUGUUUAUGAUCAGAUGGUAAGAGUUGGGGUUGCUCCGGAUGUGUAUACUUGUGCUAUAAUGGUGGAUGCUUACUGUAAAGAUGGCAAAGUUGCUAGAGCACUGGAGUUUGUGCUAGGCAUGGAGAGUAUGGGAUUGAAAAUGAAUAUUGUUGGUUAUAAUAGCUUGAUCAAUGGGUAUGUGGAGAAGAGGGAUAUGCAGGGGGUGGAGAAAGUGCUGGAGCUAAUACGUCAGCAAGGAAUUUCCAAGAAUUUGGUAACGUAUACGCUGUUGAUUAAGGGUUAUUGUAAAACUGGGAACCUUGAUCAAGCAGAUAGAGUACUUAGACAGAUGAAGGAGGGCACUGGACUCGAAUUAGUUUUGGAUGAAAAGGUCUAUGGCGUAUUAAUUGAUGGAUAUUGUCGUAACGGGAGACUGGAUGAUGCUGAGAGAGUUAAGAAUGAGAUGUUGAGUUUGGGAUUGGGAAUGAAUAUGUUCAUCUUCAAUUCUUUGAUCAAUGGAUACUGCAAACUUGGUAAACUUCGUGAAGCGGAGCUUGUUAUAGUGAGUAUGGUUGAAGCUAAUUUGAAACCAGAUGGUUAUAGCUACAAUACGUUAUUGGAUGGAUACUGUAAAAGAGGAAUGAUUGAUGAAGCACUUAAGCUUUGCCAUAAAAUGACUAGGGAUGGUGUAUGUCCAACAAAUAUAAGUUACAAUACUCUCUUAAAAGGUUUAUGCGAACAUGGUGAUAUGAACGAUGCAUUGUCGCUGUGGGAAACGAUGCUCAAAAGAGGUUUGAUUCCUGAUGAGGUUGGAUUUAGUACACUUCUCCAUGGACUUUUUAGCAGGGGAAACUAUAAAAAAGCUUUCACAUUGUGGAAGCAUGUUUUAGCAAGAGGCUAUGCAAGAAGUACUGUUCUGUGCAAUGCAAUGCUCAAUGGGCUAUGUAAAAUGGGAAAGAUGAUUGAAGCAGAGCAAAUUCUUGAAAAGAUGAUGCAAAUGGGUUGUUUACCCGACGGGGUGACCAAUAGAACCUUGAUUGAUGGAUAUUGCAGAGCUGGAGAUAUUUCAAGAGCUUUUCAAAUUAAAGAGGCCAUGGAUGCAGAGGGAAUUCCUGCUUCCCUUGAAAUGUAUAAUUCUCUAAUUCAAGGAUUAUUCCAAGCUCAUAAAUCAAAUGAAGUAUCACAUAUGCUCUCUGAGGUCCAUGCAAAAGCACUGAGCCCUAAUAUCAUUACUUAUGGAGCACUAAUAAGUGGUUGGUUUAAAGAAGGAAACCUGAAGAAAGCUUUUGAUGCAUAUUUUGAGAUGAGAGGCAAAGGAAUCUCUCCGAAUGUGUAUAUAUGCAGCACAAUCAUCAGUGGGUUAAACAGACUUGGUCGGACGGAUGAAGCAAAUAUGUUGGUACAGAAAAUGGUAGAUUUAGACGUUGUCCCAGACCUUAAACGUUUUUACCAGUCUUUUAACUUCAACACGCUUCAGACAGAAACACAGAAAGUGGCGAGUUCCCUUGAUAAGAGUGCUCAAAUAUGUAUAAUUCCCAACAACACUCUAUAUAAUGUAGUUAUAUCUUGCUUAUGCAAAAGUGGAAAGAUUGACGAUGCGAAAAAAGCUAUUGGUGAUCUGUUGCAAAGAGGCUUCACUCCAGAUGAGUUUACAUACUCAACCCUUAUCCACACCGCUUCCAUUUCGGGUGCUAUUGAUGAAGCUUUUCUUUUACGGGAUGAGAUGGUGAAAAAGGGUAUUUCUCCUAAUGUAGUAAUAUAUAAUGCUCUUAUAGAUGGCUUAUGUAAAUCAGGAAACCUUGACCGUGCAUUGAGGCUUUUCCAUAAACUUUACAUCAAAGGUUUAGUUCCGAACCUCGUCACCUAUAAUAUAUUAAUUAAUGGAUGUUGCAAGAGCGGUAGCACCAGUGACGCCUUUAAACUUCUAGGGAGAAUGAUAAAGGAAGGGGUUGCUCCUUCAGUUCAAACAUAUUGUGCAUUUCUCAGUAGUCUUUUACGGCAAGGUAAUGAGAAAGAAUAUGUGAAACUUUUAGAUGAAAUGCAAAAGGAGGGCCUUGCCACGGAUUCUAUUAGGCAUUGCAGAUCAUUUGAAGAUGUUGCUGUUGCUGCUGAAGCACUGAGCUGAGCUUAUGAUUGAUACUACAAGAUAAUGUCGUUCAUAUGCCAGGCCCUCUUGAAAGAGAAGGUUAAGGCUUUGUGGUUUUGCAAAAUUUUCAAAGGUUGAAUGUGAUUGGAGAUAUGGAGCUGAACCCAUGGAUAAUAAUCCAUCUACUUCAUGGGACUCAGGGUCAGAGAUGGAAGACAUAAACCAUGAAAUUGCUUUAUAUCUUUCAGAAGAAGAUCACAGAGGAGCUACUGUUAUUGUUUGAGACGCCCAAGGACAGGAGGAACCGCAUGCUUUCUGAGAGCCUAAUAAGUUAACAACCCUCGCUCGCCAUUAUGAAGUAACAGCUAUCCUUAUUUUGCUAUCGAACUUGAAGAAGAAUCAACAUCAUCUAUCUUCCUCAUCAAGCCAGGGAGCAAGAUCUCCAUUCGAGAAGAUUGCAGCAGAUGCAUCUGUGAUAUACGGAAAUGGGUAUAGAGCUGGUAACCAGGCAGUGCUCAAAUACGGCUUACAGAGGACCCUGGAUCUCAUCCGAGAGACAGGAAACUUUCCUUACUGAGUUUUGUCCUAACAUGGAAAAACCAUUCUUCGUUCUUUCAUUUAUUUACUAGUGAAGUAUAUUUUUGGCAUUUCCAUGUUUUGGCAGUAAGGCCUUCCCGUAGGACGUAUAUAUCAGUAAAGUGGGUCCAGUUACUCCGAAGAUGAGGCAUAUAUGCCUUUGGAGUAGUACUGCUGGAGCCGGUCACGGAUGAAUUCCCAGUUUUUGAGCAGGACUGCAGGAUGGGAGAGGAAGAUUUGGUUCAACAACGAUAGCUGCUCGGAUGCAGAAACUGAGCUAUGCCAUCUCAUACCUCUGGUCUCACUUAAAAACUGUUUGUCACAUACCCUCAGAUCAACCAUCCAGGUUGUAUUGAUUCUUCUGAAAAUUCAAUCUAAGGAAUCAGCAAACUGAUUCCCCCUUCAUAGA